GCACAGUGUUGCUAUGACGCCGUGCCCUAGUUAAGUUGUAAAGGAAAGACUCUAUCUUCUCAUCGACCCCAAAUCGUACUUUAUCACUAGGAUUGUAUUUUAUAAUUGACCAAUUGAAGAAACUGCCAUCAUGUCUGGAUCUGGAUCCCCAGCAAGGUCUCCAUCACCUUCACAGUCACCAAACUCUGGUGAGAAAAAAUCUAGACAAGAUAUUGUUUCUCGACAAUCCGGAAGAGUGACCUUCCCACAAUCCAUCAAAUCAGCUUCCCAAAAUUCAGUAAUAACAGAAGAUGAAGAAAUGCCAGCCGACUUCAAUCCGUUCACCAUGCCUGCUGAUAAUGAUAUAUUCAUGUUACGAGACAAGGAAAGGCAGAGAAAGAAAGCAGAAAGAAUCAAGCAAAGGGGACUCAAAGUCCAUGAAAAGACAACAUACACAUCUCGUGUUAAUGCCUUGAGGGCCUCUAUGAGAAGGCCUUUGGAUGAACUUGAUGCUGAAGAAGACGAUGAAGCAGGAGAUGAGAAGGCACUGGCUGUUAAGGAUGACCCUUCAUUUACUAUUGCUGUCACAAGAGACAGACAUGUUGAGAAAGAGAGCCUUCCAGACUACAUUGCCAAGAAGCGAGAGAUGUUUCUGGUUCAAUAUUCCCUGGGCGUGAAGCGAGAUGAGAUGCGCAAGCUAGAAGAGAUUGCAUCAGCAGAGGAGAGGAAGCUAGAGCUGGCUGAGCAAUACCUGGAGGAGGAUGCAGCCAUGUUUGAUGAAUUCCUCAAGGAGAAUGACAAGAACUCUGUAGAGGCAAUCAAAAUAGCUGAAGCAGAAACAAAGGCCAAGAUGGAAAAGGUGCAAGAAAUCAGGAAAAUCAAUGAAGAGAUUGGACGUAUCAGAGGUGAAAUUUCAAAGAAUGAGGUGCUGCUGAAAGACUACCAACUCUACAAGAAGUUUUUAGAUUCUCUCACACCCGCAGAAUGGAAAGAAGAAAAUAGAACACAGAGGAUGGAGAAGAGGAAACUGAAGAAUAAAGAUCAUGAGAAACUCACAUCAGCAAGCAGGAAGAAAGUAUCGUCUGCAAGUACUGAAGGAAGAAAUUCUCGGUCCAGUAUGUCAAAGGGUCUGGGCAAGGCAUCUAGUAGAGGAUCAGCUGUCAAGAGAGCAACGAUUCAGAGUCCAGCUAAGAGUGAAGAUGAAGCACGACCAGCAGAUGACGACUCAGACUAUGAGAGCGAUGAGGAGCCAGAGUUGUUCUUCAGUGACCCUCAACAGCUUCUUGAUAUAUUUGCUGACUUGGAGGAACAGAACCUAUCCUUGAUUCAGAACAGUCAAGAAACAGAAGAAAACCUAGAGGAGAUCAAACAGACCAUCUCAUCAACAGAAACAAGAAUGGACCGUGAAACAGAGAUUCUUAAGCAGCAGAUUGACAUGUUAAAACAUGCCAUUGAUAGAGAAGAGGAGAAGGCCAAAGAUCUAGAGCACAAAUCCAAAAUGUUUUCUUUUGGUGAAUUCAAGGCAGAAGACCAGGAAGCCAUGUUGGAUACAUUAAACAACAAAGUAGAAGAGGUCUACGCCAAUUGUAUUGGUGACAAUGAAGCAAAUAUCAGCACUCUCCAGAUGCUGACGAACAUAGAGAACAAACUGGAGGAACUCUUUGAGAGCAUCGAGACCAUGCCCCCAGAGAAGGUCGAAGCUGCAGAGAAGGCCAAGGAGAAAGAGAGACGUCUCCGCCUUCGGGAGGAGAAGUUGGAGGCUCAGAGGAUUCACCAAGAGGAGAGGGUUAGGAGAGCCCUAGAAAGGGCACAGGCAGAUCCCAAGAAAAAGACUGGUCGCAAACUUGUCUAUCGUUCAGAGCCCCCACAAACGAAGCGCAAAGUUGAUCGUUCCAAGGAGAAGGCCAACAAAGAGGAGGAGGAGAUGGCAUAUUUCUUUACGUAGGAUAUUCUUAACAUGGUUAAUGUCAAAUUGUCUUAAUGAUUGAAUAUUACCCCAAGGUCUUUUGAAUUCUCUAUGCUCAUAUUUUGACUUUGGCAAACAGGUUUGCAAGAUCAAUCAUGACAUAAUGAGCUAUGAGGAACCUCAAAUUCAUCCGUCUAUACAUUUUUUAAGGGUUUUCACUUGUAUAACUACUUCUAUUUUGGCUGAGAGUUGUGACUGAUAUGGAAUUAAGACAAAUACAUUGUUUAAAGUGGAACAUUAUCAGGAAUCUUCAAGAAAAUAUGAUAUAUAUCUCAUUUUACUUCUCUGCCAUUUUACAAAUUAUUCCACCCUUCUCUAUUUAAUAGUGCUUGGUAUUUCUUGUUCUUUAUACUGUCAUGAUGGGACCUCCCCAUCCAACC